GUCAAACAGGCUAGACUGUCCAUUAAGGAUUAUCCCAAACUUAAAGAAGACAAUAGUAUAACAAGCAAGAAAAAGGUUGUGUGCUCCAACAUCUUAGCUGGUCACAAGGUUUUUGUUAAGUUUAACACUUAUGAGAACAUUCAUACUGGCCGCAGUUUCUUGGUCCCUUUUUUUAACAUCGGUGGCACUAGGACACAGUUUGAUGUGGAAGACAUGGAGUACAUUAGCAAGGCUGUGGUAGACUAUGAGAAAGAAGAGAAGUCUUGUGCCAGGCAUCUACUGUUUCAUGCCCGUGAAGGAAACAAAGCCUCGUUUCUCAGGAAAGAG